UACCAUAUUUGCCCUAGACAAAACCUCUACCUACUUUACCAACAUGAAAGUAACUAUAAAAUGUGCUGUUUUCUUCAAACUUUGAACUCUACCCAGUAGCCACCUUCAAUCUAAAAGCUCAAAAAAAAUGGUAUCGGAAACAAUGGAGUCGAUAAUCCUUCAGCUUCACGACAUCGCCGCCGUUAAAUUCGGCGAAUUCAAGCUCAAAUCCGGUAUCUUUUCCCCAAUCUACAUUGACCUCCGGUUAAUCGUUUCAUACCCUUCGAUUCUCCGUCAGAUUUCACAAAUUCUGGUUGGUUCACUACCGGAAUCUACCAAAUACGAUGUUGUUUGCGGUGUACCGUACACGGCGUUGCCUAUUGCGACGUGUAUCUCAACUGCACAGGACUUGCCGAUGGUAAUGCGGAGGAAAGAGGUUAAGGAUUAUGGAACUGCUAAGGCUAUUGAAGGUGCUUUUGAACAGGGUCAAGCUUGUCUUAUUGUUGAGGAUUUGGUUACUAGUGGUGCUUCGGUACUUGAGACUGCUGCUCCUCUUCGUGCUGUUGGAUUGAAGGUUACUGAUGCUGUUGUCAUGAUUGACAGAGAGCAAGGAGGAAGGGAAAAUUUGGCUGAUAAUGGAAUCACAUUGCAUUCAAUGGUGAAACUUACUGAGAUGGUGAGGAUACUAAAGGAAAAGGGUAGGGUUUCAGAAGAAACAGAAAAAAUGGUGAAGAAAUUCUUGGAGGAGAAUCGCAAGGUUGCGGUUCCUGCACCAGUGAAGGAAACAAAGGUCAGGGCCAGAUUACCAUAUGACGAGCGGGCAAAGACUGCAAAGAACCCUACUGGGAAGAAGUUGUUUGAAAUCAUGGUGCAGAAGAACACUAAUUUGUGUUUGGCUGCCGAUGUGGCCACAGCUGCUGAACUACUGGAUAUUGCUGACAAGGUUGGACCUGAAAUCUGCAUGUUAAAAACACAUGUUGAUAUAUUGCCUGAUUUUACUCCCGACUUUGGUUCUAAGCUUAGAUUGAUUGCAGAGAAGCACAACUUCUUAAUAUUUGAAGAUCGUAAAUUUGCUGACAUUGGAAAUACAGUGACAAUGCAAGCUGAAGGAGGUAUCUUCCGCAUUUUAGAUUGGGCUGAUAUAAUUAAUGCACACAUUAUUUCUGGUCCAGGAAUUGUUGAUGGUCUGAAACUGAAGGGAUUGCCGCGUGGAAGGGGCCUGCUGCUUCUUGCUGAAAUGAGUUCUGCGGGUAACCUAGCCACAGGAGAUUACACAGCAGCAGCAGUAAAAAUUGCCGAGGAUCACUCGGAUUUUGUCAUUGGGUUCAUCUCUGUGAAUCCUGCUUCAUGGCCCAAUGGACCUGGAAAACCAUCCUUCAUCCACGCUACACCUGGUGUUCAAUUGGUAAAAGGAGGAGAUGCCCUAGGCCAACAAUAUAACACUCCAAAUUCAGUAAUUGGUGAUAGAGGCAGUGACAUUAUUAUUGUUGGCCGUGGAAUUAUAAAGGCUGCUAACCCUGCAGAAGCAGCUCGUGAAUACCGGCUUCAAGGUUGGGAUGCAUAUUUGGUUAACACCAAGUAAGAGUCAGUUGUAGUAGUAGGGAGGACGGGGGGCUUUCGAGCCAGUAGUUCCUUCCAGUUUUUUGUUUUUCCUUUUGAUUGCGCCUUUUUCGCCCUUCCACAGCCAGUUGGGGCUCGAAAUUGAGUGUUGAUUCUAGGUCUGUGCUUUCUAGACUACCACAUUCCAACUCUGAUGAUUUGAAUAACUAGAUGCAUUGAAAUACAAUGAGUUUGGAUGAAUGAUACAUCUUUUUUUUUGUG